GUGCCGUGACCUUGAUUUUGGAAAGCAAGUUCCUGUUUCACUUCUAACGCUUUUCCUUAUCAAAUUUCACUACCACCUGUAGCGAAUGGCAAGAGUAUAAAACCAAAUUUUGCCCCAACUCCAGCGCACUGUAAACUUUCAACUGCUUAUCAUCAUGCUUCGAACGGUGCUGUUGGUAGCAGCUACUAGUGCGCUUUGUUUCGUUCUGGUAUAUGGAUCUUACACCCCGCGUUCUAAACCGGGCCAAUCUGGAGGUCGAAUCGUUGGCGGAAUAGCUGUGAACAUUACCGACUACCCUUAUCAGGUAUCAUUGCAACGGAACAACCAUUUUUGCGGCGGUUCCGUGCUGAAUGACAGGUGGAUCUUGACGGCAGCUCACUGUACCAAAGGAAUUACCAAUGCGUCAGUGCUCAGAAUUCGGGCUGGUUCAACCGAGGUCCGAUCCGGAGGUGUUCUUGCUCAGGUACGAACCAUCUACUUCCAUCCGAAGCAGAACUCGUGGAGCAACUACGAUUUUUCGCUACUGGAGCUAAAAGAAGCGCUCAAGUUGAGCAAAGCAGUUCAACCGAUUUCCCUUCCCGCCCAUGACGAUUCCUUCGAAGAUGGAACCCUUUGCGAAGUAUCCGGAUGGGGCAACACCCGAAAUGCUAAUGAGUCCUCGCUAAGUUUGCGGGCUGCCACCGUUCCGCUUUACAACCAGGAGAAGUGCAGUACGGUUUACAAGGAGUAUGGUGGCGUUUCCGAGAGCAUGAUUUGCGCCGGCUACGAGGAAGGAGGAAAGGAUUCCUGUCAGGUAUGUGGUGAUGAGGGUCUAUGGAUGGGAUCAACAAAUCAUCGAAAUUUGCAUUUCAGGGUGACUCCGGUGGACCGCUGGUUUGCAACGGAGUGCUGGUGGGAGUUGUAUCGUGGGGAAAGGGCUGUGCCGAACCGGGUUUUCCAGGCGUUUACGGCAGAGUGACAAGUGCGGUCGAAUGGAUUUCCGAAACUAUGAACGAAGUGGUAUCUGAACGAUAGUGAUUUCGAUUCUGGGUGGUAGGAAUGUUUUAAGCCAGAUAAAAAAAUCAUAAGAACAUGAUAUUGGUGUGAGCGUUUGAGGAGUAAAUAUAGUCUUAAUGCGCUUCAAAUGCGGUGGCUCAGAGCAACCAAGGCCAACCAUGUAAAUAUUGUGAACAUCACGGCUGACCCACCAUGAAAAGAAAUAAUAUUGUAAACCGUGAGCCGACCAAGAAAAAAAGCUAUCACUGA